AUGCAGAACAGUAAUUUCAGCAUGCUGAAGAACUGGCGUACGUACAAGCGCACCCUACCGGUUCGGGAAGUGAACCAAAAGCCAUUGCCUCUCUUCGAGUUGCUCUACUUCGGCAAUGAUGCGGACGUGCAGACACUGGGAAGUCUACUCGCGAAAGUGCCAGGGACGACGAGCCGCUUUGUGGCUCCCUACUUGACGGCUCCCGGGGCAUAUGGCAAGACCAGCAGUGUUUUGCCAGCGUUUCUCACCAAUGACGAUCUUGGGCUGUACGUCUACAUGAGCUUCUCCAACAAUGCAGAGCGGCGCCAUGAGGGACCCAGCGUGGGAAUGAUAGAGACAAUGCACAGCCAGAAGACAAACCCGGACCUAGCUGGAGUCGCGUUCAUAUGCGAGUGCCUCAAGACGCAGCUGGAAGAGGGAAAAUACGUAAGACUUGAUCCGCUUCCGGAGUGGUUUACGUCAAUCACUGAUGGUACUGCUGAUCACAUUGACAAGCUGCGUGACCAGAUCAAGAAGUUGCUACAAGAAAUCCGGCCACAGCAAAAGCUUGUCUUGAUACACUUGGAUGAGCACAAGAAGAUGUGGGAAGGCAAAGAUGCCCGUGCCAUACAGUUUCGCCGCGCUGCGGUGCAAGCCCUGCUAGCAGUCGACUUUGUGAGAGUGAUUCUCACAUUCACCGAGCCGCCAAGCUUGCCGGUGGAUGCUGCCAGAAACACUUCAGCUUUGGCUCGAGUUGCCUUGCCGUUCGCGAGGGCAGCCGCAGACAAGGUUGCGCUGCAUUUUUGCCCAGACAUCCUCAACAUGUAUGGGACGCCUAUGGACUGGACAGCGGCCGAACAGAGGGUGUGGGCGUGUUGCUUGCUCUGGGUGGGUCUCUGCAUUGAUGUCGAAUCACCGACUGCAUUGCACCAACCAGACUCUCAACUCAGAAAAGGGUUUUCGUCGCUGACCAAAUGGCUACGCAGCAAGGGCGCAAAGAUCUCAAAAACACAGUUCCUUGCCAGAUUCGGUGAAACGUUUAACAAAGUCCGAGACUGGGACAAGGACAAGAGUCCAUUGGAUACCAAGGUGGUCAGACAACUGGCGGCUGGAAUCCCAGAUGCAGAUACGCCUCAAAAUGAGGCAUUCCCAACAUUGGUUUCUGUUGCCGGGCAGCGCCUGUGCUUGCCAUUGUUUCGAUUGCUCUACGUCCGGCCACUGAACCAAAGCGAACUGUCAUCAUGCUUUUGGAGAUCUCGUGAUGUUUUUCUGGAGGACAUGAGAAAGGCUCCCACCCAAGUCUUGGUUGGAUCACCUUUGGAGCGCGCAGUUUUGUGUGCCUUGACAUGCAGGGAGUAUCUGCCUCUCCCAGGUCUCCCCGAUAUUCCGGUGUCCUUUGAGCAGCUCGAGCCAGGGAGGCUUUUCGAGAAAGUGUCUGCAACAGGUUCAGAAGUCCAAUUGGCUCGUGCGCUUGAAAGCCUCAACAGCAAUACGCUGUACUACGAUGGACAUGAUGGCACGGAGGGCCACCCACUGGCGGACAUUUGGUUUUGUGCAGAUCCUAGAUGGCUAGUGCUGCUGGACUGUGGCGGCACGAAGAAGAAGGCCAAAAAGAAGAUGUCGGCAAAGCAAGCUCAAAUCCGCCAACUCGUCAAGGAUGGUUGCCUUUCUGACUGGAAAGUUACGGUGUUGAUUUUCAUACCUGCUGCGCCCAGUGAGACCAUAGCAUCAUCGACCCCGUCGCCCAAUGUUGAUAUUGCCAUCAUCGCUGGGAGUUUGGCAGCAGAAUGGCUUGGUUCGUUGUCUCAGCUCUUGCAAUACCUCCCGGAAGACGGCUGA